AUGAUGCGCAUAUUGGGCCAUAUGAAGAAUGUCAUUGUUUAUAUCGAUGAUAUUCUCGUAUCUGCCACUUCGCUAGAGGAGCUACACAUAACGGUAGCCCAGGUUCAGCAGAUUUUGAAAAAUAACAAUCUAACCUUGAACAUGGGAAAAUGCGAGCUAGAUAAAAGUCGCAUAAAAUUUCUGGGUCAUGAACUAGAUGAGUCUGGGUUCCACGUGGAUGAGGAAAAGAUAAAACACUUGCAACAAUUCCGACAACCAGCCACAGUUUCAGAACUACACGCCCAAGGAGUAAUUUUUAUCCUGAACAGAUCACGUGAGGAUUCGAAAAGAGCGCUAACCAGAGCUGAUGGCUGGGCUUUAAGACUCAGCCCAUAUAGCUAUGACAUUGAAUAUGUCCGAGGCAGAGAUAACAUCGCUGACCCCUCAUCUCGUCUGUACGUCGGUAUUGAUGAACCGUUUGAAGAAGACACAAGCCCAUGGGAGAUCGCAUCGCUGGAGGUAAAUACUGCUGGAUUCCUUACUGAGGAAGAAAUUCGCACUUCGACAAACAAGGACACUACCCUUCAAGAAGUGAUACAGGCUCUGGAAUACAAUAACUGGCCCAAAAAGCUUCAAAACUACAAAUCUGUUGCGAAUUACCUUACAACAAAAGAUGGCAUACUGGUCAAACAGGGAUGUGUAGUAAUACCAGAAGAUUUACGAAGCAAGACCUUGGAAGUUGCACACUUGGGUCAUCCGAUGACUGAUAAACUCAAAAGCAUAUUGAGAAAACGCGUUUGGUGGCCUGGAAUAUCUAAGGAUGCAGAGAAUUGGGUUAAAUCUUGUGAAGUGUGUGCAACCACUGGAAGACCCGAGAAACCAACACCAAUGGAACGUGUGUUCGCGCCAAAGGAAGUUUGGGAAACCAUAGCAAUGGACUUCAAUGGUCCCUACUCAAAGUUUGGUGGAAUCUAUAUUCUACUGAUCCGUGGACUACCGUUCAAGAUUUUUAAUCGCUCGCGUGGUGAAGUCAACAAACUUCGAAUGCACGCGGAAAAUAAUAGAUGA